UUGAUUGUCUCGCCUCCUCGCCUCUCCCUUGGGCAUCACGUUGUUUGUUGACUCGACCACCACUGUUGACUUCGGUUUGUGUGGUGUUUUCCUGUUUCUUAUUUAUACCCCCUGGAAAAGAAGCCAUUAUCUCAUUGUGAUCUCAAUCCUUUGAACCGAAUUGGGGUUGGAUUGAGUAAGCUCCGUUCACAGCCAGUUUUUGGUGUUGGAGCUUGAACUUGAGUCAUCCCGCCGUCCCGCCGUGGAUCUUUGGAUCUUUUCUCGUCAUUUUCUUUCCCCUCCCUUGUUUUCUCCCUUCCUCUUCUUCCUUUCAACGUUCUGAAACCGACCUCGAUCAAUAUUACCGUUAGACAGUCGUUGCUGAAAGUCCGGAAUUCCUGCUUUCUGCUUAUACCCUGACGGUCGACACAUCAUUUGUUUACUUUUUUUUUUUUUUCAAAGUUCUUGCUGCUUCUGUGCAGGAACUCGUUCCAACUCAUCCCUCUUACGUCGUUGCUGCAGUGCUGCGCCACCCAAUUGGGGAUGGCUCAACAUAGCAACAUCGCUCGGACUGCAAUCAUGUCGAAUGCUACCAAUCCCAGUUCUUCUCAUGAUUCCUCUUCCGCUACCUCCAAUGGGGUGCCUCCGACCGGAAAGCCUAGGCCGGAUGGGGCCCACGACUCCUCGCUGAUGCCCCCGUCCAAGACCGUGGCUGGUCGAGCGCUAGGGAACGAGCUGCAUUCCGAAAGCCUCAAACCCCCGUCGGCGGACGAUGGCGUGGGGAUCGCCUUGACGGAUACUCCGGUUUCUACCGCUCCGUCGUCUCCGCAGAUUAAUGCCAGCAAUCAGGCCUCCACGCCGGGCUCGGGCCGUCUGCGUGCCACCACGCUGGACAUCCCAGGUCUCACCAAAUCCAAAGUAUCUCCCGAUGGCCGUAUCGCCCAGCGGGAUCUCGGCUCGAAGUUGGUGGUUGUAAUGGUCGGUCUGCCCGCGCGCGGCAAGAGUUACGUCACCAAGAAGCUGGCCCGCUAUCUCAACUGGCUGCAACACGAUACCGAGAUCUUCAACGUCGGUGAACGGCGUCGCGUGGCGGCCGGCAAGUCCCCCACUCCGGCCAAGCCGCGCGACCACCGGAAAAGCUCCGUGCACAAGGAUCUCAUCGAUUCCGUGCGUCGCCUGAGUGUGAGCGUCAACAGUAAGAAUCGCACGCCGUCCCGCCGCCAGACCUCUCCGCCCGAGAUCGAUCCACAACGCGCCUCGAUUCCCUUCGCCCAGGCGAAGAUCCUGGUCAACGGCAAAGAGGCCGAAGUUGAAGAAGAAGCCGUCUCCGCGGAGCCUAGCAACAUCCUGCCGCCGACGGGCGGGGCAGCUCCCGAGCGCGUGGAGAGCCCAGAAGGCACGGAUGGUCCUCCCGAGCCCAUCGAGCAGUCCGCCGAUUUCUUCGACCCCAACAACCAGGAUGCCGUGCGGGUGCGGGAGUUGGUGGCCCUCGACACGCUGGACGAGCUCUUGGACUACGUCAUGGAUCAGGGCGGCAGCGUGGGCAUCCUGGAUGCCACCAACAGCACCAUGGAGCGUCGCAAGGCGAUCGUCGAUCACAUUCGGGAGCGCGCAGGUUCCGAGCUGAACAUCCUCUUCCUCGAGAGCAGCUGCGUGGAUCCAGAGCUGCUGGAGGGGAACAUGCGCUUGAAGCUGUCGGGUCCCGACUACCGAGACAAGGACCCGGUCAAGGCCCUGGAAGACUUCAAGAAGCGUGUCCAACUGUACGAGAAGUCGUACGUGCCGCUCGGCGAAUACGAGGAGCGCCACAAUAUGGCGUAUAUCCAGAUGAUCGACGUGGGCCGCAAGGUCGUCUCGCAUCAGACCCACGGCUUCCUCUCGUCCCAGAUCGUCUACUACCUGCUGAACUUCAACCUCUCGCCGCGUCUGCUCUGGAUCACCCGGCACGGGGAGAGUAAGGAUAACCAGGCUGGUCGCAUCGGUGGCGACUCCGAGAUGAGCGAGAACGGCCAUCGGUAUGGAAGGGCGCUGAGUCGCUUCAUCGACUACAAACGCAAGGAAUGGGAGUCCCACCAACGGCAAAAGGAAGCCAUGCAGCAAUUUCCCCCGCGCCCCGGCGACAGCACGCCCCCUAAUCCGUCCUACAUCCCGCGCGAUCAGCCUCGCAAUUUCUGCGUCUGGUCGUCGAUGUUGAAGCGGUCGAUCCAGACGGUGGAUUACUUCAACGAGGAAGACUACGACGUCAAGCAGAUGAAGAUGCUCGACGAGCUCUACGCCGGCAAGAUGGAGGAUAUGACGUACGACGAGAUCCGCGAGAAGUACCCGGAGGAGUACGCGGCGCGGAAGAAGAACAAGCUCUUCUACCGGUAUCCCGGCCCCGGCGGCGAGGGAUACCUGGACGUCAUCAACCGAUUGCGGGCGGUGAUCAUCGAGGUGGAGCGCACGACGGACCACGUGCUCCUCGUCACUCACCGGUCGUGUUCCCGUGUGCUGCUGGCGUACUUCCUGGGCCUGAAGCGCGACGAGGUGGCCGACUUGGAAGUGCCGUUGGGUAUGCUGUACAUGUUGGAGCCGAAACCGUAUGGAGUGGAAUUCCGCGCCUACCGCUACAAUCCUGACAAGGACUGGUUUGACCAUAUCCCGGGCUUCACGCUUCGCCAGUCGAGUACUUAUUAACCGGAUCCCCAUCUCCCAGUCCCUUGUGUUUGUAAUGACUGUUAAUGACCUGAUGUGUUCUUUAUUGUUCUCGUGGUCUGGCGUCAUUGCCGGAUGGACCUACCUCGCGAUGACAACCCAGCGUGUCUUUCUUCCUUUCUCUUGCUUUCUUCCUUUCUCGCUUCAUUUAUUUUCUGUCUUUUUGGGGGUUAUCUGUACGGUCGCGUGUCUUGAUCUUGCAUUUUACCGGCGUUCCCCGAGAUUUGUACGCUGUUUGGAGGUUCCGUGGGAUAUGAUCUCGUCCAGUCUUGGGCAUGCCCUCAAAUGUUGCAAGGGCGAAUAACACGAGAGCGAUUCCCACCGUCAGCAAAAGACAAGUGAUUGUAUACUUAGUUUAGGUUAGGUCAAGUCAAAUUACUUAGGGUUCGCUAGAAUCAAUCCAACCCCAUCACAGCUCC